CUUCAGAUUUUUAGAGUUGGAAGGAGGGUCCAUCAGUGAUUCUCCGCUGUUCCCAGCAUCGCCUCCCUUGGAACCAUGGGUCUGACGUGCUCAGAGCUACAACAUCAAUGUCGUCAAGAUUGCAAUCAAGACCGACAGUGCCAUAUCGAUCAAAAUGAGAUGAAGUUUGCUCCACUGUGUACGACGCCCAAUCCCUACAGCCACCUGCAAGCAAGUCAGCAGAAACCGUCAGCAUUCAGUUCAUCAUCUAGAUCAACUGCUGCGCCGUCCUCUUGUGGGUUGCAGACAGGACACCGGUUGUCACCUGAGUCAGUCAGUUGGGCAGAUGGCUUGGGCAAACGUCCUGGAGUUCCCAUAGGCCGCGUUCGGUUGACACCAAAGGCCACUUCUUUUCCACAUCGGGGGUCAGCAUCUCCCAGCGUGGGCACCAGUUUUCAACAGGAAUUGGCUAUGGUGAAGCUUCUUCGGAAGGGCUCUGUAAACUAACAGAGCCUACAUUUGUGUACAUUAACAGUGCUUGCAGCAUGGAAAUGGAGGCAUAGAAUUUUAC